ACAGACAGAGGAGAGAGCGAAUACGCCACAGAUGCGUCUAGUCUGCCGGAAACAAGAAGAAGAAGAAGAAGAACAAGAAGUGGAGAGAGCGCCCGCAUUGUCUGUGAACGCCAUACAGGUUCAUGGAGGUCAGCAGAAGACUGUUGUUAAAAUAAAUAGGGGACAAGAUAAAUAACCAAAUAAUUGUCCGCAUCAGUGGAUUGUAAGGUCUUAGAGGGGAACUCUAGCUAGCCAGUGCUAGCUAACGCUAACUGAAGGUGUCAGUUAAUGUAGAGCAUUAGGUAGAUUAAACAGCUCGGGACAGUGACUGUCUGGUGGAAAACAGCGUUUCAGAGAGUCGCUGAGAGCCUCUUCACGUUAAACGUUAGCAUUUAGUCCUUCAGCCAGGUGACGUUGCAGAGUGGCGAUGGAUUUCGUUGCUGGAUGCAUCGGAGGUGCUGCUGGCGUCUUGGUUGGACACCCAUUUGACACUGUGAAGGUGAGACUCCAGGUCCAGAGGGUUGAUAAGCCUCUGUACCGUGGGACUUAUCACUGUUUCCAGUCCAUCAUACGGCAGGAGUCGGUAUUUGGUUUGUAUAAAGGCAUUGGAUCCCCCAUGAUGGGCCUUACAUUUAUCAAUGCCAUAGUGUUCGGGGUUCAGGGAAACACCAUGCGGCUCCUGGCACAUGACACCCCCAUGAACCAGUUCCUUGCUGGUGCAGCAGCAGGUGCCAUCCAGUGUGUCAUCUGCUGCCCCAUGGAGCUGGCUAAAACCCGCAUGCAAAUGCAGGGUACUGGAGAGAAGAAGUCCUCUAGAAAGCUGUACAAGAACUCCUUGGACUGUUUGGCACGCAUAUACAAUCGGGAGGGUCUACGGGGCAUAAACAGAGGCAUGGUGACCACGCUUAUCCGUGAGACACCUGGCUUCGGAGUGUAUUUCCUGGCCUAUGACGUGCUGACGCGCAGCCUUGGCUGUGAGCCAGACGACCGCUACAUGAUCCCCAAACUGCUGUUUGCCGGGGGCAUGGCUGGCAUAGCCUCCUGGCUCUCCACCUAUCCUGUGGAUGUGAUCAAAUCGCGGCUGCAGGCCGACGGGGUGGGCGGAGUUAACCAGUACAGCGGCAUCGCUGACUGUGUACGACAGAGUGUCAGGAGAGAGGGCUACAUGGUGUUCACGCGAGGCCUCACCUCCACGCUGCUACGAGCUUUCCCUGUGAACGCAGCUACCUUUGCUACCGUCACCCUGGUCCUCAUGUACGCUCGGGGGGUGGAGGAAGGACCUAAAGACUGUGAGCCCGCUCAGCCAAGCCACCAUGCACAGAUACAGCAGCAGGCCCAACCCUCCAGCCUGUGAUGACACAAGUCUCACUCUCAACUUGCGCACUUUACAAGAGCACGGAGAGACAAAAUAUACAUACACCCUACCUGCUAACCCUGCCUACCUUACUGUCAUUCCCAAUUUUUAGUCAGAAAAUAUGUGUUUUUAUAUAGACACUUGUUUUCACUUUCAUGUCAACACCAUGUAAAGGGGAUGGUGUUACCUUUAACAAUAUUAGAAGAAGAAUUUAAGCUACGAGAUUCCUGAAAGUUUUUAACAGGAGCUCUUGUUAGACACUAACAAGAGACUUGUUACUGAGCCACAGACUAGGUAGUGUAUACAGUGUGGACACUGAAAGUUGUUAUAUAUUUCUAUUACAUAUAUCUUGAAAUGUGCAGUGGUAUGUGUGUGUGUGUGUGUAUGUGUGUAUGUAUGUAUAUAUAUAUGUAUAUAUAUAUAUAUAUAUAUAUAUAAAAAUUGAUUUUGGUUUUAUUUAUUUUUGGAAUGUUGGAAAAUAUAUUUCCUGCCUUAUAAUAUGAAGCACCUGUUUGUACCUGAACUGUAUUUUCUGAAGAGCCAAUCUAGCAAGAGAGAUGCAAUGUAGCAUUUGAUAAGUGUGCAGAACUUCACUUGUGUCUGCUUUCAAACCACAAAACAUACAGCAGCUCUAAUCUGAUAAUAACCAAAGCAUUAUUAGUCCAUACAGCAAUUGUCAGGACCUAUUUUCAGCAGAAACCCACCGGUCUGAAGGGCUCUUUAGGGACGGAAAGCAAAGUGUUUGUGUGAAUCAGGAAUGUAAACGGCAUUAUGUUUUGUCUGUUUUGGUUGUCCGUUUGUGUUUUACCAAAUAAUGUGAAGUUUUAACCUUGUAACUUAGACCUGAACCAGAAGUGGAACGUGACCCUACAUGUGGCACCGCACUAAUCUGACCCUUGUUUUGUAAAUUUCAGUUAUUUAGAAAAUAUAAUAAUAAAUAGUUAUUGUAGGGUCAGAAAUGAAUGCUUAGGGCUCCCAUCAAAGGUUUGGCAAAAGUUUAAACUCAGAGGCCAACAAAUGUUGCAGUAUUUAGAAGAGCCCAACUGGAUUUUGAUUUUUAAGAUGCAUGCAGAUUUUGAUAUUUGAGGAUUUUUUUAAAAAAUGUUAAUGUGUACCAAUAGUUGAUAUACUGUAACUAAUCAGGGUUGGGGCUUUAAUAUGACUUAUUUAUUUGUUACAGCUUAUAUUAGUUUAAUAAUGUACAGGUAGGCCAUCGUUAUUCUGUGGGAAUUGUCUGUUUUCUGCAUGUGUGUGGUCAGUAUCAGUAUGAUUUUGUCUGACUGUAUUUUGUGCCUGAAAGUGAAUGUUUUUUGUUUGAUUGCUUUACAGUAAAAAAACAAAGUGUCCCCCCUACAAAAAGGCUAAUGUGUCAGUUCCCAUCAAAGCAGUAAAUCGCCAGAACAAUUUAUAAUCUUCUUUUCUGAACUCUCUCUAAAGUUGUAAAACCAGCAACAAAUCAAACUACUAUUGUGAAGUGUGUAGGAAGACUCAGUAAAAGGCUGUUGGCAAGCAGGAAGUCACAGAUGCACUAAAACCUUCAGUAUGUUGAAUGUAUCACACCUGUAUUCAUUCACAGGUAUUCUGACUAAAACUCAAAAGAGUUGAAGGACAAAGUGAUUUCUUGGAAUCCUGUUUAAAUAUAAACGUCACUAGUUUGAAUUGUUAAAUGCUGCUGAAAACCUUGAAAAUCUCCCUGGUGUAUUGCGUUUUGAUAAUGGGUGGUUUAUGACAAAUGGAAGUAGAAAAGAUAGAGGGAUAUUUAGUGUGUCUGCUUAAUCAACAAUUCCACCUCUUGAACACUGACUGUUAUCUGACUAGAUUAUGUCUGAAACUUGGUGACUGACAGCUAACAUUUAGUCCAGCUGAUGUGAAAGAUGCAAUAUGUACAGGAUGUAACUAUUCAUGUGAGAUUGUUUUGAAGUGGUAUAUAAAACAUAUAUUUUUCAGUCUAAAGUAGCUGUGUGGUACCCUGAAUGUCUGAGUUUGAUCAGUUUUUAAAGUCUCUAAUCAAUUUGUUACACUGAAGAGAUUUUAACUGAAAAACAAAGACAUGAUAUUUUUGUAACAUACUCAUAUUUGUCUGGAUGUGUCACUGAGGAUCUGUAUAAAAGGGUGAAUAAAAAUAAUUCAGCA